ACCUCUGGGACGGUCAGGGCUACCCUCUGAUAGUGUUGUAACAGGUUAACUUUUAAAAACAUCAUUUACUGUUAGUGUGGGUUUGUGAAUUUAAAGCAGCCCUUUUUGAUGGAGGAAAACAACAGAUACAAAUGCAUCGGAAAAUGUUGGAUGUAAUUGCAUACUGUGCUAAAAACGAUGCAUAAAAUCAUAUGUUCUCCUUUGUUUUGUGUGGCACAUUGUGAUGGCAGUGGAGCAGUUACAAUUACAGUUACAACAAUAUAAUAAUGUGUGUGCUUUUUUGGCAUACAGGAGUUUUACAUGACUGCAUGACGUGGGUGGUAUGGUUUCGCAGUGGUUUGUUCUGUUGCCUCUAAAGACUUUGCAUGUUCCUCUGAAAUUCCACAAACAUGUCGGGGACCAGGGACACUGCGUCAGUGACUGAGGUCUUUUUAAUCUGUUUCUUUGAAAACCAGAUGUUGUCAGGGCUUCGAAAUUCACCAAUCAUCUUUUUUUUAUCAACUGAUUUAUUGCAAAAUGCAGAUUUACUUUGAUUACCAUUUUCUGUAUUUAGAUUCAGAGCCAUUUUUAAAAAAAACUUAAAUACAAAUUUCCUUAUCAUUUAAACUCAGACCAGUUUAAGAAAGUCAAACCCAAGUUUCUUUUAUAUUGUUGUUGUCUUUCACACUGUCCUUUCUUAGUCACUUAGCCUUUUACUUUAAUAAUAAUCACAGAGUUAGUCCUCUGAAUGUGUUCUGAAUGGUUUGGUACUGUUGUCACUAAUUCAGACAAUUGCAAAGUUUGCUGAUAUAGAUUCUGGCAGUUUUUAUUUUUCAAACUCAAUGUUCAAACUUAAAAUUUUACCAAUUUCAGGAUUUGGAUUUUAGAUAACCAAAAGACCCCAUAUAUAAAAACAGUUAUGUUGUUUAGAAAUGACGCAAACUUGGUUCACUAAAGAGCAAAACUGAAGAGUUAAAACUAAGGAUUAAUGAAUUUUAGAUUUUGAAGCUUUGUGUGUAGUUUGUGUCAUUCCCUGACAACUUAGUGGGGGUGGGGGGAGUGAGAUGUGCCCCAAAAUUAUGGACAGCACAUUUUCUCAAACAAUUAAUUGUUCUAUAACCAAUAGCAUAAAUGUAUUAUGUUUGACUCUACAGCUAUUCAGGGUAAAGUAACAAAUACUUUUUCAACAUCUUUUGUCAUUGUUGCUCUUUUGAUGAUCUUUGACUCCUUGCUCACACAUGUCAUGGUUGGCUGUGCAGAGAGGCUUGUUACCAAUGGCCGAAAAUGUGAAAUGUGUGUUGAAUGCAGCAAACAAAAUUUCAUUUCAAAGUAUCCUAAAACACAAUAUUGUACUUUAUUCAAAGACAAUUUUGACACAAAAUACCUUGAAAUGAGAUACAGUUUUUGACUUGUCAGUUCAGUAUAGCUUAGAUAAAGAUAAAUUAGAUAAUUGGGCUUGAAUUGAGGCAUGCAAUUAUAAAUAAAGAAUCUGUUACUCAAGUAGUGUAAGCUGUCACUGUUGAUAUAACAACGAAUUCUUAUGUCGAUGAAAAUUUAAACAUCUUAAAACAGAUGCAAACUGCUGGAUCAGAGCUGCCAUCUGCUGGCUGAAAAUAAAGCUGCAUCAUCAAUAUGGAAGUUAUGACAAAAAUUAACUAAAAAAUAUGAAUUACUUUGUUCUCUAUUGCUAUUGUCAUAUAAAUAUGUUUUUGAACACAGGGUGUCGCCCAGGGAUCACUAUUGGGCAUUAGAUUACUCAUUAUCUAUGGCAAUGACGUGUAAAGAAGAAAAUGUGCUUUUUUUCUCUUUUUUUUUCAUUUGCAGAUGACAGGAACAUGUUGUUCUGGUGAUAAUUAACAUCAGUUACUCAAGGAUGGCGUCUUUGGUAUGAGCAAAUUAAAAUUAUGGUUUGGUGGUUGAGUAGUAACAGAUUAUCUUCAAAUCUGAGCAAAACUAAAAUGUUUUUUGGAAACUACAGAAGAAAUACACGAAUAAAGUUCAGAUGGACAGAGUAAACAUAGAAAUCAGACUUCUUUGUGUUACACCAGAGGAAAACUUGAACAGUAAAUUACAUAGAAAACACCUACAUUUCAAAGAGUCAAGCUUUGCAAUGUUGAACAGAGCUAAACAGGUUCAUUGAUCAUAUAUUACUGUACAUCCUCUUAUCUUUACUAAUUUCAACCAUAGAUUGUAUGCAGAAAAUAUAUACUGUAUAACACUAUAUACAGUCUUUGGUCUCACUGCACUGUUACUGUUUGGGACAAUAACCACCAUAGUACACUUAAGUAAUUAUUUAUUCUCCCAAAUUGAACAAUACAGCUUAUCUUCAGAGCCAUACAAUGUUAUUAUCAUUACAUUCAAAAGCAUCAAAAUUGCAGAUUUGAUUGACAUUCAAGCAGCAUUAACAAUGUUUAGUGUAAAAGAAAGUAAACAGCCACCAGAAAAUGUUGACAACUUGUUUAUUGUUAGGAAGGUCAACUUAACCCGUGUAUGGGGUAAGUUGACCAUAGGAGCGGGGUAAGUUGAGCUGUAUCCCUACAGAACCACUGUUAUGACUUCCUUAGUCCGCUAAAAUGGUGGACUUUUAUGUUAGGUUUUUGACCUCAUGUUGUAGCUCAUAGAUACCACAAUUGAUGUAUAAAACAAAUUUAAAAUGAUCUUUUUUGGUCUGAACACAAUUCUAAUAAAACUUAUGACAGACUCAAGUCACUCUCAAGAGUGAAAAAUGUUUUUUUUUUUUUAAUAAAUGUCAAACCCCUUCACCCAUGUGCUUCUAACCUUCACAGACGCCUAAAUAUUUGGUCACAUGAUCAAUUUCUUUUACUAUAUCCGAACUACAGGGGGUCGCUCAACUUACCCCACUCUCCCGUAUGCGAAAUUGUAAAAUGACUAUCUUAUACUAUCGUGUACUUUGAAUUACCCACCGUGUGACAUUUUCUCUUUUGCUCUUAAUUUAAAUAAAAUAAAAUAAAUAAAUAUAACGUUUGACGUUGGCUUUCUAAAAAGUAAAGCUUGAAUCGACGAAUUGGGGGCGUCGACGUACGUUACGUCACCGGAAACAGGAAAAGCAUGGAUGAAGCACCCUUCGCAAUGUAACCUGUAACACCACCAAGCAGUGUGUACGAGGUCAGAGUAAUUAUGUUUGACACUUUAUAGACAGUUUGUAUAAAACUUCCUCUGCUUAUGUAUAGUUAAUUGUUAGAUAUCCUUAAAUUAGCAGAACAUAAUCCGGUAUAUAUGCCUGCUAGACCUAGCAGAGUUCGUGUUUAUGUGUCGUCAGUCUAAGCAGAGGUAAUAACCGUGAAGACAGUAUGAAUUGUUUGUUACUGUGAGCUGCGGUUUGUAACAUUUACACUCACAGGGACUGUAGUUUUAUAACUAAUGUGAUAAUCGAGAGUAGUGUCAAUCAGACGAAGAGAAAACAGGAGACAGAGGGUCGGUGAGACAGAGAAACUGAGUCUUUUACCGCCAGUUUAGUCAUCUGGGUAAUCUUGUUGGGGUGUGUCUGCACUGCAAUAGGUAAAGCUACUUUGAGGCGACUCUAAAAUUGAAGUUAAUAUUCCACUGUCCUGUUUGCUAUCAAGCUAACACUCGUCCUCUUGUAAUCUGAUCCCAUAAUGCCUCAAACGCUACAUUUGCAGACUGCAAUAACAUGUUUUUUUUUCUCUAUGGGGAGAAUCUCACUCCAAAUCUCCUACCUGCCUUUUCUUUAGUUUAUUGUGACUUUUUUUUUCCAGUAUGUUUUGCACUCAGAAAAAAAAAAACACAAUGUAAAUCGCAAAAGAUUUCCACAGGGGCCCACUAUUCAACUUAUUGUCUUUGCUAAAUUUUGUUGAUCAGAAAAUAAUUUGUGGCCUCAAUUAGGGCUGGGCGAUAUGGGAAACAGUUUAUCAUGAUAUAUUUUUUUCACAUCAGUCAAUAUUUAUAUCUCAAUAUAAAAAAUGAAAUUUAACAUUGCAUGUCUUUUGCAAUACAAUAAGCCACUGCAUCUGCGAGGUCUCUGUGUCUCUUCGACGUUUUGUCAUAAGAUGUUGCGCUAGAGAAAGCGGACUGAAUGGUCAGCUGUUUCGGCUGCACAGGCGCCAUGGGCUGCUUUCUCCGCUCGGGGUUUGUAACCUUUUGCAUUGUACAUGCUUCAGGUGGUGAAAAAGAUUUGAGGUAUUCCCCGACUUUGCGAGAACAUGUUCUCGACAUAAUUUUCAGUGCACAUUACUCUGCCUCAUGUCCGACCUAAAAAAAAAAAAAAAUACCUCCACACCACUGAUGUUUUCGUGCCAGUGUUGUCGGCAAUGUCAUCAUUUGUUGAGCCUUUAUCUGCAUUUCUGCCAGGGGUUGCACUAAUUUUCUAUUUUUCUCACCGACAGUGCUGUCGGCUUCACGUGUUAAAAUGCUAUGGUUCGCAUUAGCAGCCUGCUACGCUACUACGUAGUUGUUUGCUACUUGGUUGUAAUUCAGCACAGGAUUGGUUCAGCACGAAGCGGACCCGGCACAACUCCCCUUUUCAUUGGCUAUUCAUAUAGUCUACCAAAACAUGGCAGAAUACCGACUAUCAAAAAACAUAUUGACCAUGUUUUAUAUUGAUAUCGAGGGAAAGUGAUUUUCGAUACAUAUCCUUAUCGUGUUAUCGCCUAGCCCUAGCUUCAGUCCAUGCAAUCAGUGUCACAGCUAGCUAACAAUACUCUUUAAACACAGUGAACUUCAUCAUCAACUGGAAACAACAGGAUUUUAUCCAUCAUGUGAAAUCAAUGUCUACACAGGUUUAAAACUCAUCCCCUGCUUUCAUUUUUCCCAGAUACCUCACCUGUGCCCCAAAAUGCGAGGCUUUGGCUUCUCCCUCCUCCGCAGCAGCAGCUCUUCCCUUCAUUCUUCUCUUGCUAUCCACACAGCCACCAGGACAUGCUGCCUCCAUCGAGGACUAUUUAACAGUUCCCACAACUGCUACCAGAGCAUCCUACCGGGCCACAGCCAAAUGCACAGGAAAGGCAUGAGCACAGCCCUCAGACAGCACAUACAGGACCUGAGUGGGUCUGAGCAGAGACUAUUAGACAAACUGUAUAAGGGGCUGGUUGGAGGACAGCGGGCAUCUCUGGCUGAGUCCAUCACAUUAGUGGAGACUCAGCACCCAAGGAAAAAAGAGCUGGCCCAGGUGCUGCUGCAGAGGGUGCUGGCGUACAGGAGAGAGCAGGAAAGUCAUAAUGGAGGGAGGCCGGUUGCCUUCAGAGUGGGUGUGUAAGGAAUUGUUCUGUGUGGAUAUGUGUGAAGAACUUGUAAACUUCAACCUCUGUAAUAAAUGCUUUACCCCCAGUCAUAGUUCACACCUUUAAGCAUAAGGUUUUCACUGAGUAUUAUCAUUUUCAGUCUGCAUAGUUUUCCUCUAAAUGAUCAAUUUCAUGAUUUCUCAGGGCUGUCAGGACCUCCAGGAGCAGGGAAGUCGUCCUUCAUCGAGGUGGUGGGGAAGAUGUUGACAGAACGUGGACAUAAAGUUUCCGUACUUGCUGUUGACCCAUCGUCCUGCACUACUGGAGGUACCAUGGGAUCAUAAUCAGAGGACUCUGGCAAAGAAUUAGAGAAGGUUUAUAAAGUAGAUUACAGUGUGAUGAGAAAAGAUGUCCUGUUUCAUUUUUAUGUAUAAAUAAGGCCUCAGCAAAGAUUUGUUCCCUCUAGAGCAAGACAGCCAUACUGAUCAAUGUUAUUGCUACCAACUGACUCAUUCCUCUUAUUGCAGGGUCUCUGAUGGGUGAUAAAACACGUAUGACUGAACUCUCCAGGGACAUGAAUGCUUUUAUCAGACCAUCUCCUACCUCAGGAACACUUGGUGGAGUCACCAGGACAACGAAUGAGGCCAUUGUUCUCUGCGAGGGUGCGGGAUAUGACAUUGUCCUUGUAGAGACUGUGGGUAAGACACUGAUUUUUACUUCAAAGUGAGAACACACUCAGAUCAAGUAUUGUAAACUGUGUCUGUAUGAGCAAUUUCUCCAAACUCAUUUUAUGGCAGCUCAGUACAGUGACACAUGUUCAUCAGCAGGGUCUGCAUAAUAACACAAAUGCUUCUUUUUUCUGUGACUGAGAGAAAUAAGCGAAACCUUGCAAAAUACAUUGACUGCUGUUCUAAAGCUGCCGUAAAGGAAACUCGCCAGUUCUAACAAAUCGUUGUAGUGUCUGAAAAUUGCUCAUUUAAUGUUGAGGUUAAGUGUUGAGGUUUGCAAGCUGGCCCUGUUCAUUAGACACUUUUGUAUUUGAUUGGCUAGAAUUUAUUCACUGCGAUGAAUCUGAAGUUUAUGAGAGACGAUGAUUAUUCAAAAGAACUUUGGGACAUUUUUCAACCAAGGCCGAUUUUUCUUUCUUCUGUGUCCUUGCGCUGCGCUGUGAAUUUAAUGAAUUUGCUUUUAGGUCUAGAUUGUAGAGUUUGGCCUGUUAUUUGAGGUGCGCAGUCAGUAUUAUAUAACACCCGUCCUCUUUUUUUCCAGGUGUGGGCCAAUCAGAGUUUGCAGUGGCUGACAUGGUGGACAUGUUUGUGCUGCUGAUUCCACCAGCAGGGGGCGAUGAACUUCAGGUUAGUAAAAUACAUUGACAAGUGCAGACCCGAGAGAAAGACGAUAUUCAGUGUUAUGGGCCUGAUCAUACAGAUUAUAAAGUUCUUUCUGAUGAUAGUACUGAAGCAGACUGUGGAUUUGUUUUAGUUGUCCUUAGAGUGUCCAACAAUAAUGUCCUGCCUGAAGAUAUAAGUAUGUACUGUUGCACAUUUGUGCUUCCUUGACUUGUUUUUUUUUUAUGGAAUAACGGGGCAGAUAUGUAAUGAAAGUCUUAACAUGUCUCUGUCUUCUUAAUUGAUUAAUUGCAUAACAAACAUUGCAUUGCUUUUCCCUGCAGCUGCAUUAAAAAUCUCAUAAAUCAAAAUGCCCAGCACCUCUCAAGGCAAUCUUUUAGGAACUGUUGCUGAAGAAGACAGUACAUGAGCAUGCAUAGUGGUGGACACACGCCAGCCCCUGUUCCUGCUGAACAAAUGAUCAGGACGUGUUACAGAGAAGAUCUCUCAAAAACAUAGAAAGAGUCUAAAGUCAUUAUUUGUGCCUAAGCUCAAGUCUAAGUCUUCAAUGCUUGAGUCUGGGUCAUGUCACCAGUUCAGAAAACCAGGACUUGAGUGGAACUUCAGCAUUGUUUUGGAUUUGAGUACAACACUGCUACAUUACAGAUACUGUAUUUUAUUUUUACAGCUUUUUUCAAACUCAAAGAAAUAUACAAUUUAAUAAGUAAACCAUCUCUCUGUGCUAAGUUCAAAGUGAACAGUUUGGAAGACAGCCAGGGGCUCGUUGCAUUUGAUUAAAACAACUUAAAAGUGUUACAUUCGAUAAGGUUGUAGGUGUAGAAACAUCUAAGCUCAAACUACAUUUUAACAAAUAAAAAAGGCUUUUAGUUGAUAUAUUUUUACCUCUAACAGGACUUCUUUUGUUCUUCGGGACAAGUCCAAAGUUGACAUGAGAGAGAAGAAUCAACAGUUAGCAAUAAUAUCAGAUUUUAUUAGUUUCCUCAUGUAAACUGGCAGCCAACCACAGCUCCAUCCAUCCAUCACUCCGCCCAGAGGUCUCUCAGCAGAUUAGGUGUCUAGACAUCAGAUUUAUUUACAGCAUUUUGAAAAGUUAAUGACCCCCCCCCCCCCCCCCCUCCUGCCAAAAUCUCUGCACAGGGUAUAAAAAGAGGCAUCAUCGAGAGGGCCGACCUGGUGGUUGUGACUAAGUCAGAUGGAGACCUGGUGGUGCCGGCGAGGAGGAUCCAGGCUGAGUACACCAGUGCACUCAAGCUGCUCAGGAGACAGUCCAAGUCCUGGAACCCUAAGGUGUGUGUGUGUGAGAAAGAGAGAGAAAUAGAGAGAGAUAGAGAGAAAGGGUGUGUGUAGGGGGUGUGCUGUUGGAGGGAGCCAACAACAGAGCGAUUAAGCAUCUGAUAAAAAUAAACAAGAUAAUUGAUAGGUGUUCAACACGCUGGGCAGCUGCAGCAGAAACAAACCUUCCCACUAAGAGGUCAGGUGACCCAGACAGAGAGAGGCUUGAUGAUGAUGAUGAUGAUGAUGAUGAUGAUGAUGAUGUCGUCAUAGCAUCAUGGUUCCUGUGCUGCAGUGUCCCCCCCUCCAUUCCUCCACCCCCUGCAUGCCUGGCCUUGUCCCUUUGUUUUCCCAGCCCAAUGCAGCAUCUGCCCACUGGGCAUGCUGCCAGGAAACACCCCCCUUCGUCCCACUCCUCCAGUCCCCCCCGUCCUCCAAUCCCCAACGCUGCUCUGAAUAUUCAGCUGCUGUGUCAUGGGUUUCUCUGAUAAGGAGCCUGCACACUUGACAUAAAAGCUGAUAGGCUCCUCUUCCGACUCUCCGUCUCUGAUUGUACCUUUAAAGUAACCUUCCUGCCCUCCUUUGUGUCCGUCUGUUUGGCAUACAUCCCUGUAAUCUAUGACUUCUUUAUGUCAUCAUCAUUAUUCCUUAUUCAGCAUUGAAAUGAAAAACACGAAUGUUCAGGUAUAUUUGAUCAAAGCUGUUUUCAUUGAAAGUCUUUGGUUAUAUGACACUUAAUGCUGAGCUACUAUCAUUUAAUAUCAGAGUUAAAUCAGAGGAGGAUAUCUGUCCCUCUCUUUAUUACCUGUUUGUCAAAUAAGAUUUCAGUAAAUUGUUGGAGGAAAGGAAAUAUUGAUCACAAGGCUGAAACACACAGGUUGUCAUCUUUAAAUGCUUUGCUUUCCCAGAGCCUGUCUUUAAUUCCCACAACAUCUUAUCAUACAAAUAAACCUCUUUUGGAAGCUUACUUAUUCACGUUUUUUUAAUCUAUAAAUGUUCUCAUUUUACUUAUUUUUUAGCACUUCAAAUGUACCACUUUAAGCCCUCAUAUACUUAGAAAACUUACACACUAUUAGCACUAAAUAAAUGAACUUGAACAUACUUUCUCUUCAUCUUAAUACAGUUUCAAGUUCUGGAAAAAGCCAAUAAAUAUGACAUAUUUGAUAUUAAAAUGUGGACUAAGCUUUUGUCAUAAAAGACAAACUCAAAAUACAGAAUCUUGAAACAUGGACUUCUGUAUUUUUAGAUGUCAGUGAGGAUACGUAAGGCAGAAAAGUCCAUUUUCACUGGCCCUUUAAAGAAAAUAAUUACCCAGUGUGCUGUAAAAUUAGUCUCACAAAGUACGAUUUCUUGUUUUUGCGUCAGACUCUGAUCAAGUUCCUUUAAAAUGAUGAACUAAAUGAUGUAAUUAGAGGAUUCAUAAUUGGCUGCUCAUCACAGGCCUCCAUAAUUUUUCAGGCCAUAAUAUUACACUUUGCCAGUUGAUGUCCAAUUAUCUGCAGCUGAUGCUUGUAAUUUGAUUGCAGUUUGGUAGUGAGGGGGUUGUUUAUUAAAAUUGUUGUCGGGUUCAUUUGAUAUCAGCACUGUGGUCCUCUCUGCCCCCCCCCCUCCAAACAUCCUCUCAUUUUUAUUCACAAGUGUGCGAUGAGGUGAAGAACAGAUUGUUCAAACUUGCACAAGCUGUGUCAUGGGUCCUGAGUGUGUGUCUGAAUGAAUGCUCUUUGUUUUUCCAAAUCUGAGGCCUUUUCACUCCUCUGUCUGCUCUGAAUUUUAAUGUUACCUUGAAUUUCAUCACUCGCUCUUGAUUCUGUGGCAAGCCCUGACAAGACACAUGCAGCCACUUGAACUAAAGACUUCAGUGGCAUUUAUCCUCUGGUGUGCUUGUGUGAAUUAGGUGUUAUGGGGGGGCGAAUACUUGCUGUUUGUGAAGUGACAUGACAGCUCCGAGCAGGAUUGAGAUGCUCUGUUAAAUCAAGCCUUGAUAGUAACAGAAACAACAAAUAGAAUUGAGAAAAAGGUGACAUUUCCUCGGACUGAACUGUCACGAACAACAGGAAAAUAGCUUUUUGAUCAUUUAAAAGAUCUUAAGUAGUUGUGAGUAUAUCUGUUUCACAUACAGGAUAAUGCUCACUUUCAUUUAUCAUGACUGUUUUGUGUACUUUUUUUAAUAAACAAUUCACUGUAAUCAAAGCUGACAUCUCAGGAAUCAUUGAAAAUCAUUUUAAUUGUUAAUUUGCACUUGUAUCCAGUAAUUACUUUUGAAACUGGAUGUUGAAAGUGACUAUUCAGUUUCGAGGAAAACAAGUACAGCGUUACAUUUGUUUCAGCAAAUUUAAUCACACUGAAGAAGAAGUAAAAAACACGAAGAUGAUGAAGAGUCACUGCGCAUAAAUUGUAAGAUAAUUCAGAAGUAAUUAUCUUUGUUAAUUCUGGCGGUGAAAAUGUUUCUGAAAUUUAUGGUGAAUCAAACUUCUAGGUCCUCUUUUGAUACCUGUGACAAAGGAGGAGGAGUAGGUCUUCAUUUUGGUUAUGUGAAUUGUUAAGAUAUUUUCUAGAUGUUUGUUGCUCUCAUUGUAAAGUGUUACGGUCCUUUUUUUCUGUGUUUCAGAAUAAACAGGUACAAGGUCCAAUAAUAACCAGCUAAGAGUGAGAAUAUAGCCACCUACCAUUAGCAGAGGGAGACAUAGUUGUGUCAGUAAAUCAGUUCUUGCCCACUGCUUGUUUAGUGGGACAACGACAGCAGUCUAAUUAAAUUGCCUAAUUAAACUGUGACUGUAGGUCAGAGCAGCCAUGGUUGCAAACAUAUUGAUUGUCUUUGACGUUUUGGUUCAUUUCUGUGUGUCAAUCAUUCUGCAGUGGUGAACUCACAGUCUAAACUCUACAGGUCAGGACUAAAAGCUCCCGUCAGGAGCUUUCUGGUUGUUUGCUGGUUUCUUUUGUAAAGAUUUAAAUGCGUCCGGAGCUGGGGGCAAACCCGGACAAGCCGCCUGAGGCAUAACCUCCGUAUGUGGGGUGGGUAUCGGAUAGUGUUUUCCAACAGAAAACUCUAGCAUUGAUUUCAUUUAACAGUGAAAUAUAUAACUGUGAGUGUUUGCUCCUCCCCCUCACUCUUUUUCUAAGGUGGUGCGCGCCUCCUCACACACCUUCGAAGGCAUCCCAGAGGUCUGGGCUAAGAUGGAGUCAUACAGGGACACUAUGUCAGCCAGCGGCGAACUGCAGGGCCGACGGCGAGCUCAGCAGAAAGUUUGGAUGUGGAGUUUGAUUCAGGAGAACGUCCUCCAACAUUUCCAGAAUCACCCAAGUGUUAGAGACGCUUUACCACACCUGGAGGAGCGGGUCACCAAAGGAGCCAUCUCUCCGGGCCUGGCUGCUGACCUGCUUCUCAAAGCCUUCUCUUCAUCAUCAUCAUCAUCUUCGUCUUCAUAGUAAAUGGACUGAACUGUUGGUAAAGAUGGAUACUGUAUGGCUGAUCAAGGCCACAGAGUGAUAAUCUGAAUAUGUGAGCUUGACUCUGUGGUUUACACAAACUGGUGUAAUCAGGUUAUCACAGGAGGAACAGAGGACUGUAGUGACCUGCUUAUACUUAGAGAACAGUUUGCACAUGACAUUUAUGGAAUUGCUAAAUGUCACAGGUAUUACACUAUUAUGGUGAUGGUGUGAUCAGUUAAAGGCUGUUUGUACUGUCAUUUUUCUUUAGAUUUUAGAAGAUGACCUCGGUGCAAAAGUGCAGAAAUGAACUACACGAAGACAGAAUCAAGCUGGCAGCCUCUCGGCGGGGUUUUUAUUCCGAUCACAGCAUUGAACAAUAGCUCAUGAGCAAUCGAACAGACAGAACCAAAAAACAGCCCAUCCACAUAUCUUUUAUAGUCCUCCAUUGACGUCAGGGACCCUAGUUUUAGCCAAAUGUGCGUGCGAAAGUCCCCUUCGUGACUUUCUCUGCCACUAUCUUUUGGAGCCAGAUUUCCUGUUAUUGCAAUUAAGCUACCAUGAGAGAGGGUCACCAUGACCUGAUAUGAAGUUUAUCCCAAUCUGACCACUCCACCCAUAUCCUGUUCUCUUGCCUCAUGGUAACCUCCAAAACAUCCAAACAUAUCUAUUAUUUUCCCCCACAUAUCCCCCCUUUGAAUCUUUUCAAGAUUAACCAAGUUCACUGACGCCGCUGGAGAUUCACACUUAUCUUGUCUUAGCCUUAGUUACGUUACAUGAAUGAGUUAUGACAGCGUUAUGUGAUAUGGUACUACUUGAUUGAUUACAGAUGCAUAUGUAUGUUUUCAAACCAAUCCAACUCAUGCUUGUGAUCACGAAUGUUACAUUUUCACAAAUACAACACUUAAAUCCCUAGGUUCACAUCUGGCAGGGGCGAAAACCUGCUGGCUGCUUUGAGCAGGAAAUUCCCCUGCGGCCCCUCCCGCUGGCGACCUUUACCGUGAACCUUCUAAAUCUAACAGCUUUUCACUGACCCACUCUACAUGACAAUCAACCACAUGUUUUAUUUUGCUCAACAAAUGAUUAACCAUUUCCUUUACCCGUUUCCAUAUACCUGGACUGAGUAUGUGUAACUGAUGUGAGUAUGCAGAAUACACAUGGAUAACAACAGAAUGUGUGUAUUGAUAUGAUGGUACAUUUGCUCCGUCGUCCCAUUCGCUUUUCCUUUUGCUUGCUCGCUGCUGCUGCACCUCUGCUUCUUGUUUACCUUACACUUGACUCAGUCCGUCCUCAUCAGAGUCACCCACACAGGCAGGGUUUGGGUAUAAGUCCGUAUAGUCCCCAUUUCCUGCCCUGCUGUCGUUCAAACGGAGUUGUGCCAUUUGGGACGGCGUCAGCAAGUCCAACAUUUGAGCUUUUUGGAGACCAGCCACCACAGUCAUCUGUCUUUCCAGAGCCCGCAGACACUGCCUCCUCAGGAUGGGGAUGAUGCAACAUAUCAAAAAGGAAAUUAAAAUUAGGACUGCUUGUGCACUGAGUCCUAUCUUAGCCCAAACGGCUCCCCAUUUUCCUAAAAUUUGGUCUAACCAAUCCCAUGACAGUCCCCCCUUGCCCGCACUCUCCCUGAGCUCAACUCUGAGUUCUGUAAGCUUCCCCAUUGCUACAGGAAAUAUACCAUCAGGGGCUGUAUUAUUUGGAAUAAAGGUACAACAAUGUUUCCCGAACAUGUGACAUACUCCUCCCCUAUCCGCUGUCAGCCAAUUCAAAACCUGUCUAUUUUGUUGGGCCAUUAUACUUGCUGCGUGUAAUUGAAUACAGAGAGCGCUCAGGAUCUCAGAUGUCGCAUUAACAAACCUCUGUUGGUUGUAAUAAAUGUAAUUUAUCCAUUGGACAUUUUUAUUAGUGGUGAUCCAGGGGAGAAUCGACUCUAGACCUGCUCUAAUCUCGUCCUGAGCUUUAAACUCCUCUGGAAUUCCUAUUGGCACUCCUAUACUAUUGAUAUACACCUUUUCGUCAAUCUGCCUUUUAUGGCGGUUCAAUUUGGCUGUUUCUUCCGGGAUUUUAAGGAUCUCCUCGACGCCGUCAUACAACACGACAACUGACACUUUCAUUCGCACUAAUGUACAGAGCCCAAUCCAUUUUGGUGGAAGUGUGUUUCGCACAAUGUCUCCACACAUCCAGUAACUGCCAGCUACUGCAACAGUUUGACUUGCGAAAGAAAUGCAUAUUCGGUCUGGUCAUAGUUAUGUUUUCACAUGUUCGAUCUAACGUUUGCUCUGGAUUUUCAAACCAAACAGGUCUAGUUAUAAACGGUUCGCUCAUAUUAGCUUCAGGAAACCAUGACAAUACCCACGUAAUUUUACAGUUAACAGUUAUGUUUUGGUAUGGAAUGUUUAUGUGUUUGAGCUCAGCUGAGAGUGCUGGCUCAGAGUUUAGCACGUCAUGGAUUGGUGUCUGUGUGGUUGCAUCAUACUCAUCUGAUUCAGAUGCUCUGUCUCCUCUGUCGUGCGGGUUGGUCUCUGGCGUGGCUCUGGUCCCCGGGGUGCUCUGUUUUCCCCUUUGAGUCUCUAGCUCCACUGCUUCUACAGGCAUCCAUGGAAGAGAGUUCAUUACCACCAGCACACACCACAAUGUCAUGUUUUUCAUCUUUGUUUUUCAACUCAAUACCGCCCUUGGUUUUGCCUGGAACCUUCGUGCAGCGUGACAGGUGAUACCACGUCCCGCUCCUUUCGACCAGGACUGCUGUGGGAGUAGCUCGCACCACCGUGUACGGUCCUUCCCGUCGUGGUUCGUGCCACUUCCUGCACUGAAGUAGAGUUCACCAGGACCAAAGUGCUCAGGUCUUCUCCUCGUUCUUUUUGCCACCCUCCUCAGAGGACGGUGAUGUACACCUGGUGCUCUGGCUCGCCUGGCCUCCACCUCUUGACCGGGAUCAGAUUUUGGCUCUCCUCCUGCUAAUCGAUAGAUCUUUGCAUCGAAGUUAGAUGCCUCAUAUAUUUAAUUCACUAAUUUUCAGCUGCUCAAGCGAAAAACUUAAUUAUUUAGCCGCAGUAAAGCAUAGCUUUGUAAGUUAGUCAAUCAUGCAGUGAAAGAUUUAUCUCAGUGCUUUUGAUUGUGAGAGCUCAUAAGCGCAAGUAGCAAAGCAUCUUCCUAUAGGUUAGUGUUAGUGCAAAUUCUCUGAUCAGAUAUUUACUUGAGAGAUUAACUUUCUUCCCCAGAAUGAUGUACCAAAUCAUGCAAUGAAAGAUUUAUUUUGACUCCAAGAUCUUUUGAUGGUGUUGCUUCCAUCCAUCGACUGAACCCGUCAUCCUUACAAACAUGUAACAUCUCCCUUGGCAGUUUUAAUCAUGUCCACAUUGCCUAUGAAUAGAUUUCUAAAAACGUCUCUCUGGAACUGGAAAAGUGUCCCACUUCCGUUUUAUUGUUCUCUUCAAUUCAUCUAACAAAACGCAUAUCACAAUGACCCAAAAGUUUAUCAACUAUUGUCAGCAUAUUCUAAAAAUGUCGUUUUAAUUGUCUCAUCAUCUCCCCCCUUUCACAGUGUGAAUCACUGUGAAAGUCAGAUCCUAAGUUUGCUUGUUAAUACUACUGGUAGCAAAACAGUUAUUUGACUCUAAACCAUUUUCUGUGGCCUUAUUGACCUUUGAUAGCUUCCUAUUACUUUUACAUUAGAUGGCACGUCUGUGAGGAGUGUAUGCGGAUUCAGCACAGCUGCAUUUAGUAUUAUCAGUAUUAAACUAACAGAACAGGGAUGUUACAAUGUUAAUGUCACGAUAUUUACUUUAAAACUAUAAACCAUAACUGUCUACUUACACACCUUGCGGUGAGCACCAACUUUGAAUGUUACUUCUACAUAGGUCCUUUCGGUCUAUAAGGUCAACAGGGUUAAAAUUAAAACUAACAAUUAACUUUUUCCAUCAGCCACAAAAAUCACACUGUAGUAAGCCACCACUUUCACAUUGUCUGGGCUGGGGCCCCCCACCACCGAUCCAGCCAGAGACGUCCCUGGUCUGGGCAGUUGUCAAAAAUGUCCGGUAUGAUCACAUCCCCAGCAGGUCUAUAGACGUCACACGUCCGUCAGAAUUCCACUCUCUCCCCCUGCCGGGAUAUAUCCUCUCUAUGGAGCAGGGUUCUGUCUGAGGAUAAACAUUCACAACAGGUGAUUAAACAGGUUACUGUCACAGGUUUUACCGCAGUUAGCGUCUGCACGGUCUGCAUCGCUGGGUCUCUUUUGCCGUGUCUUCCUUAGAGGUGGCUGUUUCAACUUCCGCUCCACCUCACAUCACAAUAUGCAUUGAACUCACUCCCAUCAGUCAUGGGAUUCGUCAUCCAACCUUUUUCCUUGUGCAGAAACUCCUCCAUCGUCUUAGUUCCCAGCAGCUUAGCCAAGCGUGCUUUCAUGUCUGGUGUAGUCAACAUUUUCCUACAGUUCAUCCUCAAAAACUCGUAUCCAUCUCCCUGCCCCCUGUUCAGUUUGUGGUAGUCUGGCAACCAGCCCAACAAGGUGUGUGGUUUUCCACAGCACAUAGCUAGCCUGUGUGCCAUUUAUUAAGAUUGAAAACAUACUAUCAGUGCAUUUCCAAGCGAACAUAAUCUAGGCCAGGGGUGUCAAACUCAACCACAGCAAGGGCCAUAAUCCGGAUUUAAGUCUAGCCUCAGGGUCAAACAGGAUCAAAAUUUCACCAAAACUGUCAAUUUCCUUUUCAAAACCUAUGGGAAAGAAAUAGCAAUGAUCUUAAAUCAUUUGGAAAUUCAAAAGAGACAAACUAAUAAUAAUAAUAAAUAAAUAAUUUUAAAGGCAACCUAAGAUAGAAAAAUUUUAGUUUUUAUUCUAUUCUUAUUUAUUAGUUCAAAAGAUCAGAGCAUGAUUUAAAAAGAGAAAAGUAAUGCAUUUAAAGAGCAAAUACACAAGAAGAAAGUUGAAAUCAGGUUCAAAAAGGUCCCAGUAUGACUUAAAAUCUAAAAUUGGACUCUAAAGUAUAAAAAUGACAAAAAUCUAAGUGCUGAGUUAAACAUGUCCGGUACUUUUAGUUCCAUAUCUCUUGUUUUUGCGUGUUUUACUUUUCUUUAUGUUUAUGGUCUUAGAUUCGCUGCUCCAAAUCCUCACACACAGCCACAUCAGAUGUGCCUCCCCUAGGUCAUAAAAAUUCAAACCCCUUGACUCAAUGUCCCCAUUUCUUUGUAAGUUUUUGGAUAUCAUUCAAGUGUUCAGUAUAUUUACACCCUACCAAUGUGUAUCUAAUCCUCCCUUUCUGGUCAUGCUUUUUGUAAAAUUUAUUAUUCAAAUGAGCACACACAUUAAAACUUGAUCAGCAGUUUUGUAAAAUUCCCCAAAAAUACACAGUAUAAAGCUUUUGCCUCAACUGCAGUUCUAUAGCAAUAGUCAGUAUUGAUAUUAACAGCUCCAAUAAUAUUUUAAAAACACAGUGUUUUGGCAAAAACAGCAGAUGUAUAGAAGCAACUCUUAGAUUUGAAGUUUUAGGAGUUUUGCACUUGUGGUACCUCAUUGCUUUUUCCCUUUUUGUAUCUUUUAUACUUUCACAAACAUUUGUUCAGCAGCUUUAACACAGAAAAUUUGUUAAGUAGCAUAAGACGUGUUCACAACAAAAAACCAUCAUAAUAUUUAAGCAUAAGCUAAAACCUUUAUAUCAGGAGUGUUCAUCAUGGUACUGAGAACAGAACCUCUUUCCCAGGAGUAUUUAACCUUCUAUGUCUCAACUGAUAACAUGACCGCAAUGAGCACAGUAUUUACAUAAACAACUAUGAAAUAAACACAAGUGUGGAACACAGCAAUCUUUGACUAACAUAGCACACACACAGGUGCAGAGUCUGACUGUGAACACUGCCAGAGAACUUAGUUGACACAGAACAAAACAGACACACACAAACAUCCAAUCAACCCACACACUUCACUCUUUCAUCUCACAAUGGUAUACCCUUUCACACGUGUUUGAAGUCAAAGUCAGUCACUGGAGUCAGUCAGCAGUCUUCUAUUUUAAUUCUUGUUUUGAUUUCUUCAAUUUUUCCAAUUUGUGUGAUUUUUCCAAUUUAUGUGAUUCUUCUACAAUCGGUCAGGAGAUAUGGGACGUGCUUGUUCAAUUGGGAUCCCUGAAUAGGCUUUUCGGCCUACCCUUAUUGACCUCUUUUUCUAUCUCCUGCUCAUCAAGCCAAUCUGUAUCUGUCAGAGCUCAUAAAACAAAAAAUUGCCCAAACUCACAGUUCAACAACGGACAGACACACUCGUGCCUGCCACUCCCCUUGUUAUCCCAAAAAUUACCCAGAACCUUUUAUCACCAGGCAUUCAGCUUAGAAAACACAUCACAACCCGGGCCCGGCUGUCUCCCCACACUACUGGCCAGUGCUUUCCUGCACCCAGCCUAUAGUUUCUCACAUAGUCUCACGCAUGUAGCAGCGUGAGGCGGUCUGACACAACCAACUGAUUCGAAGAGGACAGAGAGCAGUAGUCCGCACCACCUCACAGGGAAAAGAACUCUCAACCAAAUUUUAGGAAAUCUCCUACCUUUUUCUUUUUGUGGCCACAGAGUGUCCUUAUCCCAUGUGAAGUUCGCAGAACCAUGGUCCCUUGUCCCCCGAAACGAAUUCUGGCUAAAUUAUGCCACUGGUUUACCCAAUGUCUAUAUAUUUGUAAAAAAAAAGUGUUUUAAAAUGCACACAAUGUUUAUAUAUUUGUACUGCAGGUACGAUAGUUUUAAUAUUCAGCUUGCUGAGGGAAAGGAAGAGAGAAAAAACAAAAACUGCUCGCCAGGUCUCGGAACUUUAGGGGAGAGAAGGGCGGGGGAGCUCUCACGAAGGUGGGGGCUCCUCACCGAGGGAGGGCUGUAUGUCUUGGAUCCCAAAAAAUGUGGGGGGGGGCUUCCCACUGAAUGAGAGUAGUAGCGGGGGAGAGAGGGAGCUUUAUUUUUGGCUCACGCAAAGGUGGGGGCUCGUUCGGGGCUGAGUGAGAGCGGAAUUGACCUCACUUCCCCUUUUACUUCCUAUUUCUCUCAGUCUCAGUCUGACUCUCGGACUGUCAACUUCUCCUGCUCUCUCUCUCUGCCACACCCUACUACACAACACACAACUGCUUCAGCUUACACACUCUAACUGCAUCUUAGCUCAACCUUUCUCAGACUACUGUACCAACACCAAACUCUGCUUCACCAACAACCUUACGCACCCAAUCCAAAAAGUCCAACCCCACCAACAAUCUGUUUUGUGUCACAAUUCUCCCAACUUUUAGGCACCAUAUACAGAGCCGUGACAACACAGUUAAUCUUAGCUUGCUUAUAGGAUUCCUGCAACCACCUUGUUAAACAUUUACCAUUAUUUACAUGUUAGUUUGCACCAUGCACACACACAACACACACACACCCACCCCCUCGGCGGAGUGCGAGGAGAGGGAGAGAAAGGAAAAGAGUGACCACGCUUACACGGACCGGUCCUCAACACACACACUUUUGGGGUUUCUCUAUUUUAUUCGUCAAAUAUACUUUUGUUUAAUUUUUCUUUUCGGUGAAUUUUUGAAGGUAUUCUGUUUAGUUGGCUGAUUCAUAAAGAUAACACGUUGAUCAUCCGUGCCUUUCGUGGUGUCAAUUUGGAAGGAAGUUGUGGAUCAAACAACUCCUACCUUAUAAAUUUUCAAUACCUCCAAUGUCCAAUGUUCCGUUUGAUUGAUUUCCGUUCUCAGAUUACCGUUUUGUUUGUUUUCUUUAUUUCCCGUUAUUUAUUAUGAGAAAUGCGUUCGUUUCAUCUAUAAGUUUUUUGUGGAUAUACGUUAAAAUGUGCCCAUACUUAGCGACAGACCUGACAUGUAGCGGGAUUUCCCAGCAAGUGUGAUUGAACUUUCGUUUACAGUCCAGUCAACCACAUCUAAAUCUGUUCCAUAAUUCCUAGUGGAUUUCUCCACGUUAUUUAUAUUAGAUAAGUCUGCAACCUGCAGGGUUUCUGCCUUUCGAGCUCAGUAAAAGGUCCGCCCCAGAUUGCAGCACUUAACAUGGGGUGGUCUGUCCAGGUUCCUCGCCUUUUCAGACUUCCCCGGGCUCCGCAGAGCAGUAUCUCUGAGGUCUGUCCAACCUCAUCGGGUUAAACUUUUACACAACUGCCAGGGCUUGGCUGCCGGCCAAUUAUCCAAUCGCGCGCCGUGAACUCUAUGCCCCUAGGAUUUGACUUCCCGGCAUCUUGUUCACCCACAACACAGAUCUGCUCUGCUGAUCACUGUUCUCGGGAUCUGUUAGCGAUACUUCUCUGCCCCCGUAAGUAUUAAGCUCGAGACCUAUUCGCGUAAGUUCUAAUCUCGGGGCCUGUUCGCUUUACUCCUACUAUCCCCGUAAGACACAAGUCAACAGACACUUGGCCAAGAUUUUCAGCUGCUUUGACGCCAAUGGUUAAUUUGUCUGUCUCACAAUUUUCCACACACUUUGGAGCAGCCUUCAUGUAUACAUGAAUAACACGCGAGAGACUCCACCCGAUUCUGCUUCCUUUGAUUCUAGACUCUUUCUUUUGCGAAGGCCCAAACACUCGAUGGUCUCACCACACAGUGAAAUCACACAUCUAAUAGAGAAAUAAACUACUCCUACCUUUUGUGUGCCGGCACGUGGAUUUCACUCGCGUGGGGAGGCCAACGCCCCGGGCCUCGGCAAAAUCUGGGCUGAAGCUCGCCAAUUAUUUAGAAGAUGACCUCGGUGCAAAAGUGCAGAAAUGAACUACACGAAGACAGAAUCAAGCUGGCAGCCUCUCGGCGGGGUUUUUAUUCCGAUCACAGCAUUGAACAAUAGCUCAUGAGCAAUCGAACAGACAGAACCAAAAAACAGCCCAUCCACAUAUCUUUUAUAGUCCUCCAUUGACGUCAGGGACCCUAGUUUUAGCCAAAUGUGCGUGCGAAAGUCCCCUUCGUGACUUUCUCUGCCACUAUCUUUUGGAGCCAGAUUUCCUGUUAUUGCAAUUAAGCUACCAUGAGAGAGGGUCACCAUGACCUGAUAUGAAGUUUAUCCCAAUCUGACCACUCCACCCAUAUCCUGUUCUCUUGCCUCAUGGUAACCUCCAAAACAUCCAAACAUAUCUAUUAUUUUCCCCCACAAGAUCAAAUUUUCACGCUGUUUGUGUAAAAAAAAUAAAAAAAAUUGGGGAUUACAGUUUAAGAAAUAGGAAUUUCAAGAUCACCUGUUCCUGUCUCUGAAAUAUAACAUAACUUUUAUAACAAAUGCAUGUCUCCUUAAAAAAGCAGCUGAACUUGAAAAAUGUGUUAAAUCACUAUUUUUGUUUGCGAUUGAAAUGUUAUUAAAAGGAAAAUGUGAAACUUAAACGGAUUAAUAAAAACAUUAAAUCUGUACAGAUGUAGUACAGUUAGUCUGGCUUUAUUUUUAGUUUGUGUUUACUCGUGAUAUAAGGGAGGAGGAGUGAUUUAUGUAACCUCCACGAAUAUUAGUCCUGAGAUUUGUCAAAAUGUAAUGAAAUUUUUUCCUGCACCGUGAAGCCAGAGGUGUCUUUGCUAGGUAUCCCCUGAAUGAGUCAACCGUACAGUUGCUUCAUAUUCAGGCAAGACACACUUUAAUAUUUUCUGAAUUACUUUCAUAAUCCGCGGAACUCCUGAACACCUCCAGAGAGCGAAAGACAAAGUGAAGUCACUCUCAUAACUCUGCUGCUUUAUUAGAUUAAACAGACAUGCUGUUUUAUUCACUGUGAGGCAGCAGACUUCAGUGUCCCUGACAGGUGCUUGUGUUAUAUACAUGAUCUGUGCUAAAGGUUUUUCACACCAGUCUCUUUUGUCAUGUCAAAGUCAAGUGAAAUUCUAGAGAUGCAAGUACUUCUGCUUUCUGCUUUAUCUUUUGAUGAGUUGCGUGCUUUUCGAUUCAUCCUUUGACCGAUAAAAUUCACAGGGUUGUAAGAAAGAGUUCAAAUUAAAAAAAAUAUUUAACUCACGAAACAAUAAGGUGAUCAAGUUUGAUUUGUAAGGUUUGCAAGAUUUCAAUCAAUAUAUUCAUCAAACCAGUAUCUUGUUAAUAAACCAGGGAAGGACUCUAUCAUAAAUGACAAAAUAAUGAUAAACACACAAAAACCACAAAAUACAAAGAAGUAUUAAAAACUGUGUGAAAGAAUUAAAACAGCUGAAUGGUAGAGAAAUAAUAAGGCGCUCUGUUGUAGUGAUCAACCUCUAUGCCUGAAUAUAGUUCCUGAGUUAUAAGCUGGAGCUGUUUUACCUCACGCUCAGCUUUACACAUAUUAUCAGCCUUUGAUUUGUAGAUAUUUCUCACUGAAUUGAUUUACAUGACAAUGGCAAUAAAUACAUAUAAAUAGAUAUUAUGUUGAGCUGUUAAGAAAGCUAAUGUCAGCUGAGGCAAAGAUGUUCUUCAGUCUGUUUUUCCUGCAUGAAGAGAUGACGCAUCUGUGGCCAGAUGCAACAUAAACUAUAUAAAUUAAAAGCGGUCUGGAUCAUUAAAGUUGAUAGGACCUUUUUAUGGACUCUGAGUUUGAAUUUGUCACUUGGAUCAUUUAAAGAAAAACGUCCAACCUGCAACAUGCUUUUUAAAUUUAUUUAAAAGGGGCCCAUAAAAAAUUAACAAAAUGUGAAAAAAACUCAAACCAACAAACCAUUUUUAUAAAGAUACUCAACAUAAAAAUUAAACAUCUACACAUUUUCCUGCAUCUAUGAAUAUCUAACACUUAACUCAAGUAAUUAUUCAUAACUAUUUGUAACAAAACUUUGAAGAUUUUUUUUUCACUCUGUCACAAAUGGGAUCCAUUAAUUGGUUUCUUUUGAGGUAUCUUCAGGCCAAACUUCUUGGCCCUGCUGACAACCUGUCAUGAAGUUAAAUAUAAACUGGAACUGCAGUGUUUCCUACUUUGCACUUAGUAACCAAACAAAUGGCACCAAACAUGUGGCCUCUUUUAUCGAGGUAACAGUGAUGGUGAACUGUAAUAAUCCACUGAGCAAUAGACAUCGAUUAGACAUCUAGUUUUUUUUUAGACCUAAUUUCAACCGACUAGAUUCUGUAUAUUUUCAGACAGAAUUUAGACGUUGCACUUAAACCCAUUAUUCGAUCUUUUUUUUUUUCAGAAAGCAACUUUGAGUUGCAUAACUGAUCUCCAAGUACUUAACCAAAAUAAUUAUGAUAGCCGUUGAGCAAUAUACAGUGUAGUAUAGAUAUAGCCCAGAUUUAGAUUUAGUCUAAACUUGGGCUAAAUUUACACGUCUAAAAAACUAUCAUUUUUAGACCUGUGGUAGUCUGAUUUUAGACAAGUUGUCUAGGCUACAUUUAGACAUCUAUUAGACCUCUUUUAGACCAAAAAAUGUUUAGUGGAAAGUGUCAUAUAAAUUUAAGUAAGAAGGAUAAACGCAAGAAAAAAAACAAACUUUUUUACAAAGUAGAAAUCAGUUUUUGUUUUUCUAACAUGUCAAAGGAAUUAGGGAUACAGCAGAAAGAAAGUUUGAAAGAGGAUUUCCACUGUGAAUUCUGGGAGUAGAGCCUUCUCUAUUGGUCAGAUAUUGGACUCUAUCAUCUCCUCUCGUGAGGUUAUUGAGUCCAGUACUGGAAUUGGCGGCCACUGCAGACAGGUUGUUGCAUUUUUUUGACUUUUGUAUUUAAAGUAACUAAAAACAAAAUUAAAUCACAGACAUGGUUAAAUGAUGUACACUGUGUCCUGGUAAUGCUUCAGUACAUAUGUUCACCCUGUUGGAGUUUGUUCUACUUUCUCCUCCCACUAGAGGUCUCCCUACGUCCACUUCACUUUGGAUUCAUUAUCCUAAUGACUGGGCCCUCAGUGCCAGCCACCCUCCUCUUCAUAUUGCCCCCACCUCCUGCCCUCCAUCCAUUCUUCAUUGAGGUUGCCCAGGGUGCCAGGUCACUCAGAGGUGAGGACAUCAGUAGCUGCCACUCUCCUAGAGCACAGUCUGUACUGUAGUCCUCGCCCACAGUGCCAAAUCUCGCUCGGCUUGUCUCAAUCCUGGCUGAAAAAUGUAAAGUAGCAGUGCAAGGAACAGUAGGGUAAAGGGUGUGACAGUACAGCGUUUGGUGUAAACCCUGCCUUUGAAAGUAGCCUUCAUUUAAAGGGAAAAACUGAGUGAAUUCAAUCCUUAUCCAUGUUCUCUCAUAUUGUUUUUUUUUUGCUUUUGGAAAUACAGAUCCCAAGCCCCCAUCUGCUGGACUCACUCCCAGGUCGCUGCUCGUUUGCUCCUGCCUGCAUAAGAGAGGAAGAAUGCCCCUUGAAUGCAGAUGGAUUCAUUAGGUCUGAGUAACACCCUUCUCCUCCAUCAUGCUGACACAAACACAUACACACUGUAACUGCUCUGGCUUUGCAGAAGGGAACACUGAGUCCUGCAGGUCUGGACACACUCCACACACGCACACAUGCAUAUACGUACACACUCGGUUGUCUCCAGUGUAAACAACACCAUGCGGUUCCACUAAGGAAGAUUAACUCAAAUGCUGCCGGAUCAUGUUCGGCCAUUUUAGCCCAAACACAGGGACGUCCACAUGUGUUUAGCAUUUUCACUGAAUGUAAGCAGAGGACAGAGACUGGUGCUUUGAUGAGGGUUUUUCAUCUUUAAUGGAGGGGGUUUACAUUGACAGCCUUUCUUUGUGUCAGCAGCCUGAAGACAGAAUGCUUUCCUGGCUUGGGACGAAACAAAACGGAGCCCUCAUACUGUUGCAAUUGUGGUCCCAAAACUCAACUUUUCCUCUUCGAAACCUCAAAGUCUGGAAGGAGAGCUGAACAAUGAGGCUGCUACAAAUGUCAGACAACAAGGCGAGCACGGACAGACGCCUUUGUUUUGCUUCUUGUUGGAUGUUCCAGCGUUGUACUUGGGUUGUUUUCUGGUCAGAUCAGAGCCUGCUGCUGAGGGAAAUGUCACUCUGGCCCUCCUACUAGGCUGAUUUGGGAUCUGUCCCUGUGUGUGUGUGUGUGUGUGUGUGUGUGUGUGUGUGUGUGUGUGUGUGUGUGUGUGUGUGUAUGACAACCAGUCAUGGGCUGCUGAGCCACAAAGCUUCACCCCAUCCCUGCUAUGUUUGCUCUGUGUACAUAACCACACAUGCCACCACACACACACACUCUGCCACCCUUUGCUUCUUUUUACACACACACACACACACACACACACACACACACACACACACACACACACACACACACACACACACACACACACACAUGAACGACUCUCCUACUGCACAUCUUCUUCAUACAUAAAACCCAUCCAUCCCUUGUCACACACACACACGUGCACCCCACAGUCUGCUUUGCCUUGUUGCCCACCCGACUCGGCUGGCUGCGCCGCUGUCUCUCUGUAGUGACAGAUGAGAGUGUGUGAGAAGCAUUUUCUCCAGGCUCCAGGCUCGCUCUCAAGAAGGCUGCAAAACGAUACAAGAAGCUGCACGCUAAUGGGGCUGGAGAGCUGCGGCGAAGUUGUGUGUGUGUGUGUGUGUGUGUGUGUGUGUGUGUGUGUGUGUGUGUGUGUGUGUGUGUGUGUGUGUGUGUGUGUGUGUGUGUGUGUGUUUGUAGAUGUAACACCCCACUCAUUAUGCUGUUCUGAUGGGUCACUGUGCAGCCUCUUUAUAGGGAGACCCUUAUGGCGACAUGUCUUAUUAUAUCAACUGCUGAGAUGGAUGUUAAUACCAGGCUGCGUGUGCAUGCUGUGUGCUCUCUAGCCUGUAGAGUGAUGAGAUGUGGUUGGUAUUCGGAGUGCGUCUCAUUGCAUGGGCUAAUUCUAUUUAACCUGGUGAAGUCUGCUGGAUGGUACGGUCAGAAUGCCCCAGGGACUCCACUCUGUACCUUUGGUUUAUUACCCACCUGAGGAGGUUGCGUCUCUCCCACACAUGCACGCUGCUCUGUUUGCUGUGUGUAAUUUACUGGGCAGCCUGUGGGCCCAGGCCUUCAUCUGCAGGAAGGCGCGAACAGAGCCUUGGCGCCAGUAAUUGGACUUUAGAACUGAUUGGGGAACUUGAUUGACCCCCGGUAAUGGAUUUGAGUGAAUAAUUAUUUGUAGUUAUGGUUGGAAGAUGAUAUCAGGGAGAGGGAGACCAAUCCCACCAGUGUGACUCACCCCUGCCGCCAGAGCAGAGCGCUGCCAGCACUCAAUUAAUGAAAUCCAGCUGCUCAGACUCCCCCACGUGUAGUGGCUGAUCAAAAAAACACACAGGGGUCUGGUCAGAGAAAGGGUUAUCUUCAUCCAACCUUUCCCUUUCGCACAACUGGCAGCCUGUGGCCCAUCACAAUAGUGAUUAUAAAAUCUUCUUCACUCCAGGUACAGGACAUUAAGGCUGAUAAUGUCUCCAUUAUUUUUUAACAGCCUGUGGCACUGCUCAGCACAGCCCGCGGCAGCCAUGUUAAUGAGACCUCUCAAGAUGGCAGGCAGCGCCUCCUCAGGACACAAAAUGCAAUCACUCUUAAUCCAGCACUUUAAUUGCUGGCCAAGCCUGUCUAAGUGAAUUCAGCUGUUCCAUCUCUGCAGGCGAGUAAGAGGCUGCACCUCGAGAGCGCUCCGACAUCAUACUUGCAAAGAUAAACUUGGCUUCGGAGAGGAACUGGGAAGUGAUGCGAGGUGGUCCGACUUGUUAAAGCCGAGGCUCACUUUUCUGUCUCGACGGUGUCAGAAAGAGACGGAGAGCUCAGAAAGCACAAGUUAGGAUUCCUCUUUCUCCGCCUCGACUGCCUUUAAGCGUGAUUUUGAGCUCCUCUUAGAGACGUGAGGGUGUAAAAUGAAGGAAGAACAGCAGCUUCCUUCCCUACCUUCCUUCUCUUUUAUCUUCCCUGCUUUGCUCCCUGAUUGACCCACUUGCUCCCACAUCAUUAUCCUCACAGCACCCGUCACUACAGUAAAUUUCUCUUCCCUCUGUUCUCCCUCUCACUCUCCUGGCUUCACCCCUCCACCACUCCUCUUGUCAUAUGUCCCCUCCCCUUCCUCCUCUUCCCUCCUCUCUCUCUCUGUCCGUGUGACCCCUCAUUGCCCUCUUGCCAGUCUCUAUUAUUUCUGGCUGCCCAGUGGCCUGGUAGGGGCUGGUUGUCAGGGGCUCGAGGCAGCCCGUGUUAUGACAGGUAACACUGGGCCACACACUCUCUGUGGUAACAUGUGGAGGUCAGCCUGUCAUACCUGUCCGCGGCUACACUGUGCACACACGCACUUGAUUCACGGUGUAUGGAUAACUGCCAGACAGCCCCGGCUAUAACCUUAGAUUCAGCAAAAGUGAGUGAUGAGGUGUGGUGGAGAAGUACACCUUACCCCGUUCUGUUCCUUUGUGCUUAUAAAACAAUGUCCUUUUUUCCCUCUCCUCUUUACAGGAUGUAUUGCUGUUACAGCCUUGGUAACCAGUGAGGAAUGCUGCAGCUUUCACUGUUCAGCUCAGAGGAGGAGGAUUUAACUGGAUAGUGGCUGUUAACUACCGCUCGACUCCUCUCUCUCCUGGCAUGGCCUGCUCCCUGUGUUAAUGACCACUCACAGUUGCUGCCCUGAGGGGCCUGCAGGACACAGUCAGCCAACAUCAGACCCUCACUGCACCUCCAAGACCAUCUGCUCAAACAACUGAAAAUAUGUUCAGCAUGUUAUUUGUCUUCUGGACCCAUUGGUUUUGGCUAGCGAGGACAAAGCAAGCUAAUUCAUAACAUUUUAAAUGGAUUAGGAUUGCUUCGGCUGCUGAUCCAAGCGUGAUCCCUGAGUGCAUUUCCUGCUCGUGAUGUCUCAUUUGAGUUCAGCCGCCCCCUAUAAACUUUGAAUAGCCAUGUUUUGUAAGGUUCAGGCCCAGUAAUGAGAACAGUCAUCCUCUCCUCGACCCAACAAGCUCCAUUCACCCUGGACAAGAUGGUAGCGCCCCGGUAGUCGAUCAGUGGUUGUUGUUAUCGUGGCAUGUUCCUGGCUCCUGGUCUGGUCUAGGGCAGGGCCCCCUCACCACCAGGCCUGUGAGGGCCAAGGAGGCCGGCAUGGGUUUGUCACGCCAGGUUGACAUUUUGGGGAACUUUGCCAGAGCACCACAGCACAUUUCGUCCUCCUGGACAAGUGGUGUGGGAGCAAACGUGUCAACUCGGGCAGAUGGGCAGGCGUCAGUGCCAACCGCACUGGACCAUACCGGACCGCUGGCCUAGCAACUGCUGGCCGGUCAGCCAGACGUAGCAGCUCCUGGCACACAGUGGAGGGGCAGGUGUCUUCCUCUAGCAGCCUGAUCCGGGAACAUGUAUGUCUCCACACAGCUUCUGUGCCUGUGUUUAAGGCAGUAAAAGGGAAAACAUUACAACAUAGGUUAUGAUGUAUAAUGUUGUAAAACUCAGUAUUGUAGAAAAGGAUGAAGAGAAUGUCUGCUAGUGUUAAAAAUAAAGCGUUUAAAGAUGGGCUGAGCAGAGUCAAGUAAAUGCACUGUUUAGUUUCAUAGCAUUAAUACUGAGAGACAUCAAACUGUG